GAGUUUUUAGGAACUCAAGUGCUACUUUCAUCCAGGGAAACAGUAAGCUUUGUGGAGGCUCACCUGACUUCCACUUGCCUAGAUGUAAAAUGUCGUCGAGGAGUAGAACCAGCUUGCCAAAAAUAAUAAUUGUUAUUGUUUCUGGAAUUAUAGGAGUAACAUUGGCCUUCUCCUUGCUUGUUCUAGUUUGGUUUAGGAAGAAAAGAAAGCAGCCUACAGCUAACUAUUUGGAAAAUUCACCUUUACAGUUAUCUUACCAAAGCAUCCUAAAAGCUACCGACGGAUUUUCAUCAGCAAAUUUGGUAGGUGUCGGUAGCUUUGGCUCUGUAUAUAAGGGAAUUCUCGAAGACAAUGGAACACUUCUUGCUGUCAAGGUGCUUAAUCGUUUGAGCCACAGAGCAUCCAAGAGUUUCAUACGCGAAUGUGAGGCCCUGAGGAAAGUAAGACAUAGAAAUCUUGUCAAGAUCUUAAUUGCCUGCUCGAGUGUUGAUUAUCAAGGCAAUGAUUUUAAGGCUCUUGUUUAUGAGUUCAUGGUCCAUGGAAGCCUAGAAGAUUGGCUGCAUCCAUCUGUUGGCACGAACAUGGCAGAGGAGCCACCAAAGAAGUUGGAGUUUUCUCAGAGAUUGAAUGUUGCUGUUGAUGUUGCUUGCGCAUUGGAGUAUCUUCAUCAUCAUUGUGAAACAUCAAUUGUUCAUUGUGACCUCAAACCAAGCAAUAUUCUACUUGAUGAUGAAAUGGUUGGCCAUCUAGGUGACUUUGGAUUAGCAAAAUUCAUGUCAGCUGAUGCGCAAAAUUACUCUACAAGCCUAUCAAGCUCAUUAAGAGGAACUAUUGGUUAUGUUGCACCAGAAUAUGGCUUGGGAAAUAAGGUAUCUACCUAUAGUGAUGUGUACAGCUAUGGCAUCCUUUUGUUGGAGAUGUUUACUGGGAAGAGGCCGACCGAUGAAAUGUUAAAAGAGGAUUUGAACCUCCACAACUAAUUUAAGGUGGCUUUACCGGAAAGAGUGGCUGAGAUUACAGAUCCCAUUCUUCUUCAAGAAAUAGUCA